AUGGCUUCACCUGCACGUUCUCCUCUCUCUCCAGAUCCCGAGUCAGGCCCCUCUGCGUCGACUUCCACCGCUAUCAGUCACCUCACAUUUCCUACGCCAGCUGCUGAGCCCACUCUCCCAACACACACACCAGCCCAGCCGCGGCAGUUGCUCAAGGAGCGGUUAUACGUAGGGAAUCUUCACCCUACCGUUGACGAAUACACGCUGCUGCAGCUCUUCACCAAGUAUGGCAAGGUCUCCAAGCUCGACUUCCUCUUCCACAAGGCGGGCCCGCUCCGCGGUAAGCCGCGCGGGUAUGCCUUCGUUGAGUUUGCCGAAUCCGAUGACGCGGACCGCGCGCUCGCCGCGACGCACGACAGGCUAUUGCGCGGCCGCCGCCUCACCGUCACCCACGCGCACCAGGCCCCGCUCGAUGUGCUCCCCCCAGGCAUGCGUCCCCGCAGGCCGCACGACGCGGCGAAGCCCACUGCACUCAGUAUGCUGAAGAGCGUCGGCGUGGGUAGGGCUGAUGCGACGAGCGCGAAGAUCGCAAAGAUGGAGGCGAAACUCCGCCAGAUGUCCGCCACCCCCGCCGUCCCCACCGCCUCGUCAUCAUCGAAUCGGCCGAUACCCCUGCACCCGUCUCUGCCCCCGCGCCCAGCGCCACCAUCUCGCCCGCCGGCGCGAGGAACGCCGAAUACCAAGGCUGCGCUCCCGGCGCUGCCGAUAAGCCCGCCUGGGGCGGGUACCAGUGCGAGUGCGAGGCAGACGGGCGUGGGGCCUGUCGGGCCGACUACACACGCGCAUACGGAGCGGAAACAUCUUGCGGGGGUGCGGAUCGUGAAGAAGAAGUAG